UGUUCACACAAUUGGCAAAGAUAAGCACCUCCAAUCAUUCACACACACACAGUGAGAUCACAAUUCACAAGCAGCAAAAAAAGAAAAAAAAAAAAAAAAAAAAUGGCUGAAGCAGUUCCCACUUUACGGUGGAACAACCUCAGCUCAGCUGUACGGCCCUCACCCAUUCUUUCCAACUCCCGCCUCUCUCCUCCCCAUCUCCGCCGCCGCCUACACGGCUGCAUCCACCCAAACCGCACCAGCAGUUUCCAUCCCAGAAUAAGCUGCACCGCCGUCGAAAUCGGCGGCGCCGCCCCCGCCCUAACCCCGGCCAAAAUCAAGAAAAACAGAUACCAAAUCGAAAACCUAACAACAUGGCUACUGAAGCAAGAACAAUCCGGCCACAUAGACGCAGAGCUGACAAUAGUACUCUCCAGCAUUUCAUUAGCCUGCAAACAAAUAGCUUCUCUUCUCCAAAGAUCCAGCAUCAUCAAUCUCACCGGAGCUCACGGCACCGUCAACAUCCAAGGCGAAGACCAGAAAAAACUCGACGUCAUUUCCAACGAGCUGUUCUGCGACUGUCUGAGAUCGAGUGGCAGAACCGGGAUUAUAGCAUCGGAGGAAGAGGAUGUACCGGUUGCGGUCGAAGAGACUUAUUCCGGAAACUACAUUGUAGUGUUCGACCCCGUUGAUGGCUCCGCUAAUAUAGACACUAGCUUAACCACCGGAUCGAUUUUCGGUAUUUACGGCCCUGAUAAGCAAUGCAUCUUCGACUUAGACGACGAUUCCACCUUGGAUCAAGCAGAAGAGAAGUGCAUAGUGAGUGUUUGUCAGCCGGGAAGCAACUUAUUGGCGGCAGGCUAUUGCCUAUAUUCGAGUUCGGUGGUGUUCACACUUUCGAUAGGGAGAGGAGUGUAUGCUUUCACUUUGGAUCCAACUUACGGAGAAUUUGUUCUGACACACGAAAACAUCAAGAUUCCGAAUUCCAACAGAAUAUACUCGUUCAACGAAGGUAACUAUGAUUUGUUUGAUGAGAAGUUGAAGAAGUACUUGGAUGACUUGAGAAAACCGGGGCCGAAUGGGAAGCCUUAUUCGGGCCGGUACAUAGGUUGUCUCGUGGGUGAGAUUCAUCGAAUGUUGCUUGUUGGGGGUAUUUAUGGAAAUCCGGACAAUAAAAAUAGCAAGAAUGGGAAUUUGAGGCUUUUGUAUGAAUGUGCACCAAUGAGCUAUUUGAUAGAGCAAGCUGGUGGGAAGUCAAUUGAUCGACAAGGGCGACGAAUACUCGAUAUUAAACCGACCGAGGUUCAUCAGCGUACUCCGAUAUUCGUUGGAAGCCCAGAUGAAAUCGAGAAACUAGAGAAGUAUUUAUUUGAAUAGUAGCACAAAAUAUUUGUGGAUUCAUUCAUUUAAUUGAGAAUUUAACAAAAUUCGUCGAACAUUGUUUUUCCUAUACACCAUUGUUAAAACCUCAGUAGAGUGGAAACAUGAGAAAUAUGAAUGUAAGUAUAAUCAAAUACUAAGUAAGAAUGUCAGGUUAAGACAAUAGUUUCCUUCAGUUA